AUGGCUGCAUCCGUGGCGGCGCUGCGGGAGAGCUACCAGCAGCAGGGCUUCCUCUCAGGCCUGCCCGUGCUCGAUGAGACGGAGCUGAGGGAGGUCAGGCGAGCCUUUUCUGCGCUGGAGGAGGAAUUCGGUGAAGCGUAUUGUCAGUACAGCCUUCAUAAUGUUCACCUUCAGUACCCCUGGGUGCUGGACCUGACCAAGCACCCGCACAUCCUGCAGGUGGUCAAAGCUCUGCUGGGGCCCGAUGUCAUCCUGCUGGACUCCCGCUUCAUCUGUAAAUACCCGACACUGAAACCAGGGAGCGUCCAGGAGAACGACGACAAGCAGAGAGCAGCUGGAGGAAGCGAUCUUCCAUAUGUGGCCUGGCACCAGGACAUGAGGUAUUGGGGGAUUGCUGGGGGGCCAGUUCUGUCGGUGUGGCUGGCUCUGGACGACUCCCUGAAAGAGAACGGAGCUCUUCAGGUCAUCCCAGGGAGCCACGGCUCUGGCAUGCUGCCCCAUCGACAAGCCGCCCGCUCUGGAAACAUGCUCUCCGUCAACCAGGAGAUCCCCGAGGAGCUGCUGCCAGCGGAGCCGUCUGUGUUCUGCCCUCUGCUAGCCGGACAGAUGUCUAUUCAUGAUGGACUCCUUGUCCAUGCAAGUGAUGCCAACACCUCACAGAGGAGGCGCUGCGGCUUCGUGAUCCGUUACGUCCCGACCACAGCUUACCCCACGCAGGAUCCUGAUCGGCCCCGGAAAUUCACUGCGACCCUGCUGGCAUGUGGAACAGACCACUUCAGUCACUUCUCCAACCUGUAAUGGCAACGCCCAUCCUACAGCAAUGGUUACUGUUAUGGGAAUAUUUUUGGAC